AUGUCUCUGCACUAUCUCCCCCCCGUGAAGCCAUCGGCCAUUGCCCUCGGCACCUUCUUCAACCACGGCAUCGAGCUCGCCGUUCUCAGCCCCCUCUUCGGCAAGACCUACCAGCGCGCCAAGGCGGCCAACACCAAGGAGGAGUUCAUCAAGUCCAAGGAGGCCUCCGGCGCCGCCAUCGCCUGGGGCACCUCUUUCGUCGGCGCCGGUCUCCAGAGCUACGGUGUCGCUGCCCUCAUCAAUGCCACCGGCACCAUGACCUACAAGGGCGCCGCCUACCUCGGUGCCCUGAUCUUCGCCGCCACCGCCGCCCCUGGCUUCAUCACGCAGCUCUUCAGUGAGAAGAGGCCUGUGGACACUGUUGGUGUUAGCGUAGCUGCCAAGUUGUUCGAGACUGUCGGCCUGUCCCUCUUCCUGAACUGGUGGGGGACUCGCACCAACCCUUUUGAGUAG